GGAAGCAUCCCUUCAUCUCCUGUCAUCUACUCUCUGUUCUUCUUUCCCUCAAAACACAAAAACCUCCUACUCUUUGAUCCAUAACCUAUCAUCUUCAGAACGAAGAAGAUGAAGCACUCCAUGUUUGUUCCAAUUUCUUCCGCGCUAACCAUCUGCUACCCUCUUCUCUAAUUCACCAACCAACUACCAUCAUUUUCUAUCCACCAGCAACCUCCAAACUCUGCUGCCGGCACCGCAAAGGACACCGCCUCCUUCAGAAACUUAGGUUGCCAUUGCAAUUGAUCAAAUGGAUAUUAAUGGGCAUGGUGAUGCUGUGGAGAACGUGGGAAAUGCUACAGAAAUACAAAUAUAGUGCUAAGAAUUUUGCACUCUAAAAAAACUAUAGAAACAGGGGAAAAUACACACCUAAUUGAGAUAAUUAGCAAAUCACUCCGAGGCUGCUUCCAAACCGCCAUCCGAUGGCACCCAAAGAGCCACUGGUGAUCUCUAACAAGGACGAGAUGAGGAAAUGGUCAAGGGCCAUGAGAUGCCAGGGCAAGGUCAUCGGACUUGUGCCUACCAUGGGCUACCUUCAUGAGGGCCACCUUACUCUUGUCAGAGAAGCUCACAAGCAUGCCAAUGUUAUAGCUGUAUCAAUCUAUGUAAACCCAGGGCAAUUUUCACCAAAUGAAGACCUUUCCACAUACCCUUCUGACUUUGAUGGUGAUAUCCGAAAGCUUAUGUCUGUUCCUGGUGGUGUUGAUGUUGUCUUCCAUCCCCACAAUUUGUAUGACUAUGGAAAUGAUAAGAGGAAUAGUAAUGUUGCAAUUGAGAGUGACAAAACGGUGUCUUGUGUUGAUCAAGGUGGAUUUGGGCAUGAAACUUGGGUUAGGGUUGAAAAUCUUCAAAAGGGUCUUUGUGGAAAUAGCAGACCUAUUUUUUUUAGAGGUGUUGCUACCAUUGUGACCAAGUUAUUUAAUAUAGUGGAGCCUGAUGUAGCUGUCUUUGGAAAAAAAGAUUAUCAGCAGUGGCGAAUUAUUCAAAGAAUGGUUCGAGAUCUUGAUUUUUCCAUUAAAAUUGUUGGUUCUGAAAUAACCCGUGAGGAUGAUGGCUUGGCAAUGAGUUCGCGUAAUGUGCGCCUUUCAAUGAAAGACAGGCAAAAUGCACUAUCUAUAAAUAAAUCUUUGUUAAAAGCUAAAUCAGCAGCAGCAGAUGGUCAGGUGCAUUCUGAGAAGUUGAGAAACUUAGUGAUCCAAUGUAUUACUGAGGCUGGUGGACAGAUUGAUUAUGUUGAGAUUGUUGAUCAAGAGAAUUUGGAGAAAGUGGAGUUUAUCAAUGGCCCUGUUGUCUUGUGUGUUGCAGCAUGGUUUGGGAAAGUGAGACUUAUAGACAACAUGGAAAUUAACUUAAAAAUGGAUGUGAGGAAAUGAUAUAGUUAAGCUACCAUGUCUCAUCUUAGCUCAUGCACAAUGCAAUGAUACACCACCUUUUUUCCGACCUCUUUCUUGGUAUGAAUUACUCUUCAUUACUGGUAGGUUUAUUUUGUUAGUUGGCUGAUAAUAAUAGAACACACCGAUGGUUAUUCUCCAUGACAACAGUGUAAUAAAGUCAUAAACUAUAGAAAGAAAAAAAAAUGAAAAAGUAUCGUUUGCAAAAGAGAAUUUGUAAAUGACAAUUGUCGGGAAUGUUAUACAAGUGUUUGACUUUUUAUUUUCUUUCUUUAAUGGGUAA